GGCUCAAGGAGACACUGAGCAAACGGCUUUUCAGAGAGCUUCAACUCAGCUGUCAGAAGGGGCAGUUUGGUUUCUGUGCAAGCAAUACUCGCAUUCCAAACUGCAUUAGAGAAAAGCCGGUGGGUUUGUAUGUAUUUUUAUUAUCAGUUCCAGAUUAGGAAUCUGAUGCUGAUUUCUUCUUAAAGCCUGUGUUUGCAGGUGAAUUUAUAUUCUAAAACAAAAAAAAGGAUGGUGAUGUUUUUCUCUCACUAGCUCGCUCUUUUGUUUUUCUUUUUCUUUUUCUUCCCCUGGCUUUACUCCAAGGACCUUUUCUGCUUGUUCAUUACAUUCUCAAGAUGAAGCACCCCAUGGUUACAGCAGUGCUGGUAGUACUGGUGCAGGUUUCUCAGAGUUUCCCUGCCUUGUACCACCGAGGUUGGUGGAGGCUGUUACGGGAAGGAGAUAGUUGUGGAAAAUGUGAUUUGGCACUUUGCUCUGAGCCUAAAGACUGUCCAGCCGGGACUGUAUUGGACCGUUGUGGCUGCUGUCCUGAAUGUGGAAACGUGGAAGGUCAGAUCUGCGACUUGGAUCAGGGCAAUCAUUUUUAUGGGCAAUGUGGGGAGAACCUCGAGUGCAGGCUGGAUGCUGAUGAAGCAAGGUUUGGGGAAGUCCCCGAGCCCCAGUGUGUAUGCAAGUCUCAAGAGAGUAUCUGCGGACCCGAAGGUAAAACCUAUGAGAACAUCUGUCAAUUCAACAAGGCUUAUGCUAUGAAAAGAAAUAUCAGCAUGAAACAUAAAGGACCAUGUGAAUCAGCUCCUGUUAUUUCUAUGCCACCUCAGGAUGUCCAGAAUUUCACAGGCAAUGAUGUCAUUUUUGGCUGUGAGGUGUCAGCCUAUCCUAUGCCACACCUUGAAUGGAAAAAAAAGGGGAAUAAAAUGUUUCUGCCAGGAGAUGAUGCCCACAUCUCAGUACAGGCAAGAGGUGGGCCUCAGAAGUAUGGUGUUACAGGCUGGCUGCAGAUUCAAGGCCUCAAAAAAUCAGAUGAAGGCGUUUACAUCUGCCACACCAAAAAUAAGUAUGGUGCAACAUACGCCUCUGCAAGAUUGAAAGUCAUUGAUGGCUCAUCUCCUGCAUUUGCAUAUACUGCUGGCAGUAGAAGUGCAAGCUACAGCAUUGAAUAUGGGGACUAUUAUGACCAUUCUGAUGAUGAAGAUGAUGAAGAAUAUGAAUCUGGGGACUAUGAAAAUUGAAACAACUCUGAAUAAUAAUUUGUAUAUAUUUGUUGUCCAAUACCUUUCACACUGUUAUAUUUACUAGUAGUCUCUAUGCUGUAAACGGCUCCUCUGACAACACACAUAUUCACUUGUGUAUCCACCUUCCUGAAAUUCAACUUUGGCUGAAGUAUAUCAUGCUACUUAUCAGAAAUAAGAACAGUUGUAAAUUCAUACAUUUAGUCUGUUAAAUAAAAUUCUUA